AGCGCAGUUAAUGUUUUAUUUGUAGUGGCAAUCGAAACUGCGAGAUUUAGCAAGAGCGAAAUUUUGUAUAUUCCACCAAAACGCAGCAAAGCAAGCCAAAAUUUAGGAUAUUAAAAGUGUUACCGUCGAAUCGAAACCGCUCACACAUUCGUCGAGUUUGCUGUGAGCGCGGUGAUUGCUGUGAAUAUCGCGUUAAAAAUUUGGGAUCCGCAAGUUCAUUGCAUUGCAUUGCAUUUGUGGACAAACAGCAAUUUCUGGUCCACUACGCCAUGAAAUCAGAUAACUACCGUCUCAUACAGGAGGUGUCCAAGCGGCGGUGUCUGUGGGACACAAACAUGUCCAUUUCGUACCGCAACCAGGACGCAGCUCUUCAGUGGGCGAGUGUCGCGCAGAUAAUGCAGCAGGAUGUCUCGCUGUGCAAGAAACGUUUCAAGGGAAUGCGAGACAGCUACCGGGCAGAGGUGCGCAAGAUACAGCAGAAACGCAUCCAGAUGUCCCACUGGCCGUACUUUCGCUCACUGGAGUUCAUGCGCCAAAUCUUCGAUCCGGAGGGCCUGGUGCCCUUUCCACCACAGCCCUUCGUGAUUGACGCCGAGCAGGCGGAAGCCUUCGAGUCCACCCGGCUGGUUGACUUCGCUAUCGAUUUGGAUUUGGACAAUGAUGACUCUGUUGACUUUGAGAUCAUCGAGGACAUAUUCAAGCGGGAGCCGUCAGUGCCCCAGGACUCUGGCUCGGAUAAAGGCUCGCUGAUCAAGCCUUUGGAUUCUUCAUCCUCGGGCGCCCAUCGCUCCGAUCAGGAUCUAUCGCCCACAUUGCCCAUACACUUGCCGCGCCACCAACAAUUCCUGCCACGUCCACACCCGCCCUCAAAGAGAGGACGUCGGAGGAAGACUUCGCCGUCGAACGAUGCUCCCUUAUUGAAUGGAUACGCCAGCCAGGCGUCAAAGUCUGCCACUGAAGCCGAUCUAAAGAACGAUUCGGACUUGAGUUUCUUGAUGAGCAUGAUGCCGCACGUAAAGUCUCUGUCAGCCAUUAGCAAUCUUAAGUUUCGAAUGGAGAUGGCGCGCGUUCUGGUGGAACUCAGGGAGGAGGAUCAGCAGAUCGUCGCAGCGGCGGGAUCCGAAGACGUUCUAGAUCGCGGCAUGCCCAAACUAACGCCUGCCCCGAAUUCCAGUUUUGCCACUCAGCUGGAGAAAUCCCAGUACCAUCUAUCCAAUUCCAGCUACCAAAUUAGUAGCCGAAAAACACCAACUUCGUUUGACUAUGUGGACAGUUCAAUGGUUGAGUGCGAUGUCAAGAUAGAGAAUGAGCCUCUGCUAUGAAGACUUCAUACCAAAUUUUUACGAUUUUACAUUCAACAAUAAUUCUCUAAGGAGUGUUUCUUUCAUAUUGUUACAAGUCUUAAAUGAAACCCUACUCAUACCUGAGUAGUUGGUUGGCAAAAUGCCUAGCAUAAAACCAUUAUAUGCUGAAUUGCUUGAAAAAUAUUAAGUUGUAUUGAAUAGAUAAUUUAACCAUUUUGACUCCGGGUAUGCGGCCGGUUUUGAAGAAAUGUAAACGAAAUUGAAUAUACAAAAAAAAUAUCAGCUGAUGCUGAGUAAAUUUUAA